AUGGUGGUCGCAACCAUCAAGUGCGUUGUCGUCGGCGACGGUGCCGUUGGCAAGACAUGUCUUCUCAUCAGCUACACCACAAACAAAUUCCCUUCGGAAUAUGUGCCGACCGUUUUCGACAACUAUGCCGUCACCGUAAUGAUCGGUGAUGAGCCGUAUACCCUGGGACUCUUCGAUACGGCAGGACAGGAAGAUUAUGACCGACUGCGUCCCCUUUCAUAUCCCCAAACCGACGUGUUCCUCGUCUGCUUCAGCGUCACCUCGCCUGCCUCGUUCGAAAACGUUCGCGAAAAGUGGUUCCCCGAAGUCCACCACCACUGCCCCGGUGUCCCCUGCCUCAUCGUCGGCACCCAGGUUGACUUGCGAGACGACCCCAGCGUCCGAGAAAAGCUUGCCAAGCAGAAGAUGUCCCCUGUCCGCAAGGAGGAUGGCGAGCGUAUGGCGAAGGACUUGGGCGCGGUCAAAUACGUCGAGUGCAGUGCGUUGACGCAGUUCAAGCUCAAGGAUGUGUUUGAUGAGGCCAUUGUCGCUGCUUUGGAACCGCCCGCGCCCAAGAAGAAAUCCCACAAGUGUCUCGUUCUAUAA